AUCAUUCUUAUUUCGAAACUUCAAGUGAUAUUAACAAAACAGAACUUAAAAUCGUUACCGAAAUGCGUGCUUUCGUCGUUUUAUGUUUAGUAGCUGUGGCCUGCGCCGACAAAUUGGGUUACAACUAUCAACCUGUAGGUCAUUCCGACAGUGGAUUGUCUUUCACACCUGGAUCUGGCAGCGUCGGCGGUGGCUUUGGAGGACUUGGUGGUUUAGGCGGUCUUGGUGGUGGUAGCCUCGGUGGAGGUUUUGGUGGACUUGGUGGUGGCAACCUUGGCGGUGGUCUUGGUGGUGGUAACCUCGGUGGUGGUUUAGGCGGUCUCGGAGGUGGCCACAAUGGUGGUUCUUAUGAAACUCCCUCUUACAGUGCUCCCGCUGAAUUAGAAAAGGAAUACUACACUUUCUCUGCUCCUGAAGGUGAAUUCGAUGAUGCCAAUGCUGCCCAAAAAAUUGCCGGUAGUGUGAAACAAGGUCUUCGUGUUGUUUUUAUUAAAAGACCCGAAAACAAGGGUCUCGAAAAUGCUGCCCUCGCUUUGGCCAAACAAGCCGCUGAACAAAAAACUGCCAUCUAUGUCCUCAACAAACAAGCCGAUAUUGGAGAUUUGGCCAACAAGCUCAACUCCAUCAACAAGAACAGCAACAACAAACCCGAAGUACACUUUGUCAAAUACCGUACCCCUGAAGAUGCUGCCAACGCUCAAAAAGCCAUUCAAGGUCAAUACGAUGCUUUGGGCGGACCUUCUCAAUCUCACAAUGGUGGUGUUGCUCCCGUUCUUAACUUCGCCUCUCAAGCCCCAGUCCGCGCUCCUGCUGUCCAUGCUCCCGGUAACGCUUACUUGCCCUCUUCUGUCUUCCGUCGUUUGUAAAUAUUAAACUGACUAUUAUCUCACUAUAGAUAGUUAAUUUUACUUUAGGCCUGACUGAUAUAUUUGUUAAGUUUUUGUUUUGUUGAAUAAUGAUUAAUUACACACGAAUAAAUCAAUUUUUAUUUUGAAAAAUUAUUAAAA